UUAUGGCGUGAAUGUCAACCAGGUAUCCGUCACCAGCAUGACUGCUGCUGUCUGUCGCCCCUGCAGCAGCCGGCAGAUUAGACUAGCCUCGGACGUAUUGAUUCAGCAGCAAUUGUCAACGGCGUUUCGUCUCGUGGCAGUGAACUUGACGUACAUGUAUACAGUAUUGAGUAGGAGCGCCAUGGCUGUGGUCUCUGUAUCAGAGCUUCUUGGUGUCCUCUGUCCCACACUCCUCGUCCUGUUAAGCCUAGCGGGCUCUGGGGAUGGGGAAAACGUUCUUGGGGUACAGAAUGACGAUUUCGACUUUGAUGGUCUGCCAGGUGUUCAGCAUGAUCUUCGCUUUGAAGUGGGCGCGGGGGAGAUGGAGUGCUUUUACCAAAACAUGCCCAAGUUAGCCCAGGUGUACUUCUCGUUUGAGGUAUUACGAGGAGGGGACAGAAAUGUGGAUGUCAUAAUAACAGAUCCAAACUCUGAAAUCAUCGCUAAGCAUUUAUGGAAAACUGAGGGAACGUCUGAGUACACAGUGAGGACGGAAGGUGUUUAUCAAAUCUGCAUAGACAACACCUUCAGUCGUUUUACGUCCAAACUGGUCUAUUUAUACUUGGUGACAUUUGUCGCAGAACAGUGGGAAAAAUAUGCGAAGGAAGUACAAGAUAUAUCAUUCACAAUGGAAAACUUUACAACGUCGUUGACCUCGGUUCAGAAAUCCAUCUCCACCAUGUUUCGUUUCCAAGCCAACACUCGGAUGGAAAUCGUCAGAGACUGGUAUCUUGUCAUGGGCAAUAUGAAAUACGUCCGUUACUGGUCCAUUGCCCAAUGUGUUGUUAUAGUCACUUCUGCUGUAGCCCAAGUAUAUUUUCUCCGUAAAUUAUUUGACGUUAAAAAUGUUACACCUUCAGCUAAACCUAGGGCUUGACGCUUAUUAAACUAUGCUCCCUUUUCA